AUGACUGCCACUACCGAGCAUCCAGUUGAUCCUCUCGCGGGCAAACUUGCCGACCCAGAGCAGCCUAUCGCCACUAAGCCGCAAAUCGCAGAGCAAGUCGACCAAUCAACAGAUGCUGUCGCUGCUGAUCCCGCAAGCACGAAAGAUUCCGAUCAGCCUGAACAGUCCAGCCAGAGUGUCGAGGGCGUGAGUGAAGAGGAGAGGCUUGAAAUCAUCCGGCAAAUCGAAUUUUAUUUCUCCGAUGCCAAUUUGCCAUUCGACAAGUUCAUGUUCCUCCAAACUACUCCUCAUCUCGAUUCGGUCAAAGCGCCCAACCUCUCAGCCGAGGCCAAACAAAAAGCUGAAGCCUACGGACCUGGAUGUUCACCGGUCCUUCUUCAAACGGUUGCCUCAUUCAAACGCAUGAGGGCCCACUCAUCCAAGUAUCCGACCAGUAAAUUGGCUAAGAUCAUCCAAACCUCUCCAACCACGCCUAAGCUGAUAGACGUGGUCACUGAAGAAGUCGAUGGAAAACCGACGUUGUACGUCCGGCGUUUGUUGAAGCUAGAAGAAACUAGUCGGGCCGGUGUUAGCGAUCGUUGUGUGUAUGUGAAGGGUUUCAUGAGUGAAGAAGACUUGGCGAAGGGAGAGCCUGCUAAUAUGCAGGUUCAACUGGAACAGUGGGCAAAGAAAUGGGGUCCAGUAGCUGUCUUGCGAAUGAGGCGCGAAAACACAAACGUGAAAGGACCUAAGCAAGACAAACCGCAUGGCCCCUCAAAGUGGAAGAACUCAGUUUUUAUUGAAUAUACCGAGCCUCAGUCCGCGGAACAGCUCGUUCACCAAUUCAAGCAAGACAGCGACAAGCCUCAGUUUGAGGGACGUGAACUCUCCUCGAUCAUGUUCAAGAUUGAUUAUGUUACGAUGAAAGCCAACGAAAAAGGGCUACCCCCACCGAAGAUGUCCGGAAAACGACAAGCAGGAGAAGCCACAUCCCAAGCUGGCCCAGUCAAGUCGGGAGUUAUCGGAGGAAACAGCUCGACGUUCAAUGCCUUCAAAGAACUCAAGAUGAUUGCGGCUGGAUCGAAACAAUACGCUGGUGGACCGUUUUCGUCCAAAAAUUCGGGCAAGGCCACUAAAGAGAAGGAAGAAGCGAAAACCAUCGAAUACGAAGGAAACAAACUCGAAGUCAAUAACGAUGGUACUCUGAAGAAUCCCGAAGAAUUGAAGAGUUACCGGUCCAACAUGGCUCUGGCAUUCGAGCUGGAAGGCGAGGCGCCCAAAGACUUCAAGGAAGCUCGGGUUGACUUCCGCAGUUUCAAAGAAAAUCUCACAGAGGGAGAACUGGUUUGCAACGUUGUUCAUGUUACGCCAACCGACAAAGCCAAAGGAACAGUCGGUUUUGACCAACCGAUUAGCGAUGAACAAUUCGCGCAAAUCCAAGCCAAAGGAGUCCGAUCUGGAGGCCGCGCAGUCAAGUUCACCCGUCUGGAUGAUGAACAGAACAGACAGUUCCAUCUGGAUUGUGCAGCCCUUAGGGCCAAGUCUACGUUUGCGCCGAAGGCGGACAACCAACACCGGAAGGGAUCCGGAGGAGACAGAGGAGGACGAGGGGGGCGUGGGGGACGAGGAGGACGGGGUGGCCGAGACGGAGGGCGAGGGGGUCGAGGUGGUAAUCGCUCGGGCGGGCGUGAUCGGAACGCCGAAAAGGGGGCCAACGGUCACGCCGAUGCUGCUGCCGCUGGCGAAGACAACAAGACCAACUCGCCAACGAUCUCUGGAAACAAACGGGACGCCGAAGGCAAUGUCGUCUCUUCUAAUGGCGCACCCAGCACCGCUCCUUCCACUAACUCCGUGCCUGAGAUCGGUCGGGCUGAAAAGAAGCCCAAAAUCUCCGCCUGA